AUGAGGAUGUGUGACAGAGGUAUCCAGAUGUUGAUCACCACUGUGGGAGCCUUUGCAGCUUUUAGUUUAAUGACCAUUGCAGUGGGCACGGACUACUGGUUAUAUUCCAGAGGUGUGUGCAGGACUAAAUCUACAAGUGAUAAUGAAACCAGCAGGAAGAAUGAAGAAGUAAUGACACACUCGGGGCUGUGGAGGACCUGCUGCCUGGAAGGGGCGUUCCGAGGGGUCUGCAAGAAAAUCGACCACUUCCCAGAUGAUGCUGACUAUGACCAGGACACGGCUGAGUAUCUGCUUCGGGCUGUGCGGGCCUCCAGCGUCUUCCCCAUCCUCAGCGUCACGCUGCUCUUCUUCGGCGGGCUCUGCGUGGCAGCCAGCGAGUUCCACCGCAGCAGGCACAACGUCAUCCUGAGCGCAGGCAUCUUCUUUGUCUCUGCAGGGUUAAGCAACAUCAUUGGCAUCAUCGUUUAUAUAUCGGCCAAUGCUGGGGACCCCGGGCAGCGCGACUCCAAAAAGAGCUACUCGUACGGCUGGUCCUUCUACUUCGGGGCCUUCUCUUUCAUCAUCGCAGAGAUUGUGGGGGUGGUCGCCGUGCACAUCUACAUAGAGAAGCACCAGCAGCUGCGCGCCAGGUCGCACUCGGAGCUCCUGAAGAAAUCGACUUUUGCUCGCCUGCCACCCUACAGGUACCGGUUCCGGCGGCGGUCCAGCUCCCGCUCCACGGAGCCCAGGUCCCGAGACCUGUCCCCCAUCGGCAAAGGCUUCCACACCAUCCCCUCCACCGACAUCUCCAUGUUCACCCUCUCCCGGGACCCCUCCAAGAUCACCAUGGGGACCCUCCUCAACUCCGACCGGGACCACGCUUUUCUACAGUUCCACAACUCCACGCCCAAAGACUUCAAGGAGGCGCUGCACAACGACCUGGCCAACAGGCGCACCACGCCGGUCUGA